AUGGCGCUUGAAGACAAGGAGCGACGCUUCGCGCUCAAUCCAAGCGAUACUGCAGGAAAGCGGAACCAGCUCCCUCAAAAGUUGGACUGCUCCGACUCUGCACCAGACUGA